UUUUCUGAAUAAACGUCAUCUACUUUACCGAUUGACCAAUACCAACAUUCUCUUUCAGCGAAGUAUUCAACAAACAUGACGAAAGGUACUUCAAGUUUUGGUAAACGUAGGAAUAAAACCCACACUUUGUGCAGAAGAUGUGGUAGAUCCUCAUAUCAUAUCCAGAAAAGUCAAUGUGCGCAAUGCGGGUAUCCUUCUGCAAAAAUGAGGUCUUACAAUUGGUCGAUCAAGGCUAAAAGGAGGAAGACCACCGGAACAGGUCGUUGCCGUUACUUGAAAAUUGUUCGUAGACGUUUCCGUAACGGUUUUCGUGAAGGCGGAAAACCAACCCCCCGUAAAACUACCACAUAAAACUGUUUGUAUUUAAAUAAUAAACGUUUUAAAAA